AAUGCUCCAGGCUGGGUUACGCGGGUUGCAAUCCGUGUAUAUAAUGCUAGCAGUACUUUACAAGCAACGGUACGAUUGUAGGGGGCAAAGGGAAACAAUCAGAGAGAAGUAGGCACUUGGCUGGUAAGAGUUAUACUUGCUAUUAAAAGGUAUCACAUAUAGCAAAGCUGGGAUAGAGUCCCUUAGUCUUUAAACGGAGCCCCCCUAGUGUACAGCCGCUUCAGAUCAUGUGAUGGAUUCAUGCAAACAAGAGACGUUCUUGAGGGGUCGCUUUCUCCAUGUGCUUCCUUUUGGCAAAAACAAAGUGACACAACGUGGCAAAUACAGUGACGGUGAUAAGAUUAUCAAGGCCCACCCUCGCCAUGAUGGAGACGCAGUCACUGGAACAGCAGCUGGAGCGCAACAUUGCAUUCCUGAAACAGGGCCAGCUGGAAUUAGUGCAUGAUCUGCACCAGGAGAUUCUCAGACUUCAGAAACGUUGCACAGAACUCACCAUGGAGCUGGAAUCACAGCAAGUAGAGCUUUCACAGCAAGCAAUGCAGAGCAUGACAUUCACCAAGUCUGAACUUGCGCAGGGAAUCUGGGGAAAGAUGGCCGCGGCCUGCCCAGCAGAAAACUGCUUUGUGGUGGUGAGAUUUUAUAAAAUGAGGAUCUCUGGCCUUAACUACAGUAAUUAGCAUGUCCUUCCAUGGAGAUGUUCCAUGUUCUUUAACUCAAUACAGGUAAAAAAAGCAAUGAAAAGUAAUACAGAGCCAAAAUAGUAGUUCUUACUCAAAAGACUUGUGGUUUGGGGUCACUAAGCAAAUAAAAUGUAUCUAGACUGACAUUUACUACCUUUAAUGAUCGUUUGGUCACUUGUGGCACUUUUAAUGGAAUCAAAUAGAAUCUAUGAAGUAUACACACAAAGCAUAAAUGUGUUUCACUGUAUAUUUACAUAAACAAAACCCUUAUUCCAAAGAUGCAUUAACAUGAACACUGCUGUGGGGAGUGAAGAUAAAAUCUGCUGUUUAAUUUGAAAGCCAUGUAUCACUGACAUAAGAGAGGCUUGGAAACAUAAUAAGCAGAUAAUGGCAGUGGUUGCACUAGUUAACCUGCAAGAACUUAGAUGUAACAGUAUUUUCUAACAGGUAUUCUUUUUUUAUUGAAUUUUCAACACGGAGGGGGAUACAGAGGAAAAGAGGAAGGGGGGAGGGGAAAUGUAUACAGC